GGAGGGUGGUGGGGGGGACGAGCAUCCUCCAGGCCGAGGCUCCGUUUGUUUCUCCGGGCUCCGCGCCGGCGAGCGGGAGGCGCUUCGGCACCGGUACCGGCGAAGUACCUGCGGAUCGGCUUUCCUCCUCCUCGCUGGCUUUUUCCAGUUUUGUGGUGGUGGUAGUUUUUUUUUUUUGUGUGUGUGUGUGUGUGUGUUUUUUUUUCUUAGCCCUCCCUCAAAUCCAGGGAGACGCUUCUGAAGCGGGGUGAGCGCCGACCUUACGUAAAUGGUGCUGCUCCGGGGAGGGCAUCCCCCCUGCGAGCCCCGGGCCGGGGGAGCGUCCCCGGGCGCCGCUCGCCCUGCCUAGCGGCCGGGCUCCUCGCCGCCGUCGCCGCAGCCCCGCCUGCGAUCCGCACCGGCACCGGCGGGGGCGGGCGGUGAGCAGCAGCCGGCAGCCCGCAGCCCCGUCCUCGGCGGGUUUCGCCGCCUCCGCGGACCGGCUGCGGGGAUGAUGCGGCGCGUCGGACCCCGCGGCGGGGAGGGCGCUAUGUCAGAGAGAUAACGCGCCUCCGCCAGCAGCCCGGGGGCAGUGUCGGUGCCAGGUCCCCCCGGGACCCGGCUGCCUGAGAGCCGCUCGCAGCUCAGCGGCCGGACUGGCAGCGGCGGCGGGGCCGGGGAGCGACGGGGCGAGGCCCGGCGGGGCGGGCGAGCGGCGGCCGGCCGUGCCGGGGCACCCCGCCUCCGGGGGGCAAGCGCCCGGGAGGCUGAGGAGCGCAGGCAUCACAGCCAGGGAGGAGGAGGAGGAGGGCAGCGCCAUGACUCAUUUGCAGGCAGGUCUCUCCCCGGAGACUCUGGAGAAAGCCCGGCUGGAGCUGAACGAGAACCCCGACACCCUGCACCAGGACAUCCAGGAGGUGCGGGACAUGGUCAUCACCCGGCCGGACAUCGGCUUCCUGCGCACCGACGAUGCCUUCAUCCUGCGGUUCCUGCGGGCCAGGAAGUUUCAGCACUUCGAGGCAUUUCGGCUCCUGGCCCAGUACUUUGAAUAUCGCCAGCAGAACCUGGACAUGUUCAAGAGCUUCAAGGCCACAGACCCGGGCAUCAAGCAGGCACUGAAGGAUGGUUUCCCCGGUGGGCUGGCCAACCUGGACCACUACGGCAGGAAGAUCCUCGUCCUUUUUGCAGCCAACUGGGACCAGAGCAGGUACACGCUGGUGGAUAUUUUGCGCGCCAUACUUCUUUCUUUAGAAGCCAUGAUAGAAGACCCCGAGCUUCAAGUGAAUGGAUUUGUUUUGAUUAUAGACUGGAGCAACUUCACCUUCAAGCAGGCCUCCAAACUCACACCAAGCAUGCUUAGAUUAGCCAUAGAGGGCCUUCAGGACAGCUUUCCAGCUCGAUUUGGAGGAAUACAUUUCGUCAAUCAGCCAUGGUAUAUCCAUGCCCUCUACACAGUUAUACGACCUUUUCUAAAGGAGAAGACACGAAAAAGGAUAUUCCUACAUGGUAAUAACCUCAACAGCCUGCAUCAGCUAAUACACCCUGAGAUCCUGCCUUCAGAGUUUGGAGGAAUGUUGCCCCCCUAUGACAUGGGGACAUGGGCAAGAACACUGCUUGACCAUGAAUACGAUGAUGACAGUGAAUGCAAUGCAGACUCCUACAACACUCCUGCAAAGGAUACAGAAAAGGACCUCUCUCCUAAAUCCAUGAAAAGGUCUCAGUCAGUUGUGGAUCCUGGGGUGCUGAAACGCAUGGAUAAGAAUGAGGAAGAAAACAUGCAGCCUUUGCUUUCACUUGACUAACAGUUUUUGAGCAUUGGACAUGAACUGAGGUGGAAGGCACUGCCUCUCAGCAACAAGCAAACCACUGGGAGUGUAACAGCUGGAAUCCUAUUUACUUAUGUUAAUGUAGCAUAAUGGCAACAGGUUUUACUAUUCUGCCUGAAUUCUGGAUGCCCUUGGGUGAAACAGAAGAGGAGAAAAAAAGAAAAUAAAAGGAAAUGAAAAAAAAAAAGAGGAAACAAUAAUUUAUUCUGUAAGUGCCAACUUGUUUGUAAAUACAAUAUAAUCCUCAAAUUUGACUCUGUAAGUUAUGGCAAACAAGUGCUAUGGAAAUGAGUGACUAUUAAAUAUGUCAGUGAAGUGCACCAUAAAAAGAGAAGAAAACAUGUGUUCUCUCUUACACACACACACACACAGAGAAUACAUACUGGACAAAGAAAAAUAUCAAAGCCAAUUAAAUGUUGUCCUUCUAAUAGGAAGCCAAUGAGCACAUUGACUACUGUUUUUUUUUUCUGCCAUGCUCGUGUAACUGUGCAAAGAUAAAGAGGGAAUAUAAGAACUUGGGAGAUUCUGAUGAAUGUUUCCUAACUCUAGGAAUUGGUUUCCCAAAUAAUGUUGUGAUUUAGGAUUGUGAUACAGCAAAAACCAUGUAACAUCGUGAAAAAGAUAACAGAUGAACUAGAACCAACACUUUGAUAGCUUUGUUGUUUAGCUAUGUUGUAUGGACCUCUGAGGUUUCUUCCUUAACUUUUCAUUUACGCAAGUAACCUGGUUUGUUACCGUAAUCUGGGUGUUGUAAUUUGGGACACAUUGGAGUUACUUCUCUUGCAUUUUGGGUGCAUGUCAACAAUUUUUCCAGAACUCUGUUCUGCCUUAGAACGAGACAUUAGUCCUCCAAAUACAGUGUGAUAACCAGUAUCUGAAAGUAAAGCCUGGCAGCAGAGGUUAAAAGUCAAUAACUGAAUCCUGUGUACUGGGAGACUGGAUACAUAUAUAUAUUUUUACCAAUCUCUGACAAGCAUACAAGGUGACAUUGUUAGAUAAGUAUAUUUCAUUGAAGGUUUAUACAAGAAAUACCUAUUCAAUGUACUUAGAUAUAUUAUAUUGUAUAUUGAGACAAUGUCAUUAUUAAUAUAGUAAAACUUACCGUAGAACAACAGCAUCCCACUCCAAGCAAGGAUUAAUAUGAAUAAGUUGUAGUCAAACAUCUCAGCCUAUGUGUUUAGGACACCUUUGUUUUUGUUGUAGUGUAACUGUAUAUAUUGAACAUGUGCCAUAAUAGAGAAAUACAUUUUACCUCAAAAGGGCAACAGGUUUCACUAGGGAUUGGGUAAAUCAGCUGAAAUGCAUGGACUGUGUCAUCUUUGUGUGCUGGUUAAUGUGUAUGCAGCCCAUGGUAAGCUGAGGCAAGAAUGUAGUUUCUUAUUAGGACUUUACAGUCAGAGUGGGAAGACACACAGGAUGCCCAGCAAGGCAUCUGAAUAGUUAGAGGUAUUAUAAGAGCAUGUUCAGGCAGUGCAAGGAUUAGUUAAGGAAACACUGACAGUGGAGGUGGUAGCUCACAGCAACCCUGCCUCCCAAGCACCGGAGUUUAAAGAAUUUCUUCAAUUACUUCAGUGAUUACUGAAGUUUCAAAGUCACUGGUUGUAGGUUACCUCUCCUUGCCCAGCAUGAUUAAAAAACUGUAAGAUUUAGUAGGCUGAUAUGAGUUAAGAACAGACAGUGAAAUCUUGACAGGGUGUCAUCUAGAGUUUAGCUGUAACUCCUGUGGUGGCAACUUUGCAUUUCUCAGGGCUUGAGACAGCCCUGACUCUUCCAGCAUCACCCUUGAUUAGCCCAGACAACACACAGAUAAAGCUUUCCUACUUUGCAGUUCGUUAGCAACGCUGAUAAAUAGUGUAUGCCCUAACAUGCCAUCACAUUGCAGGAACUUGUCUGAACAAGUUAUUGCCUUUCUGCUCUCCUAAUUCUAUUUUCAUGAUACGUGUUAUGAAAUGCAAAGAGAAAAGAUACGGAGCCUGAAUGUCUUAUCAGUCUGUCCUACAAGUUGUCAGUACUAGAAAGUGUUGUAAUACUACUUCUAUGGUUUGAGAGACUUGAAAAAAUGAUCAAUCCUUAUAUACUAUUUUGUUCAGUCCUGUUUUUCUCAUUCCUUGUAACAUCAUGCUGGAUAAGUGAGAUGUGCAUCCAGGAUUUGCAAAAGUGCCAUAUUUGAAUGUAUGCUGUAUAUGCCCACACUUCUGGUUAGUAGAAUAGCAUAUUGUCAUUGAUCUGAUUUUUAAAUCCUUAUCAGAUAAAACUAUAACAUCAGUAGAAGUUUUAUCCUUUUAAGGGCUUCAGGAUUUAGUCAGUAUUCCACAUGUAUGCAAACUGUGACUCAGUGGUGAUCAAUAUCUUCAUGAAUCCUUUUAGAAACAUGGGCUAGACUUUGGUGUGAGACAGCAGAAUGCUGGUUUCAGAGUACAGCAGCUGUUUGGUCAGAAAUUGCAAUUCUGCUCCACUGUAUGGAGCUUAAAAUUUGGUUUGAAGCUUAUAAAUUUGUUUUCUUUGUGAAUCCUUUAUUUAUGCACUUAAAUGUAAUUUAUGUAAUAUUUUCUCAUGCCUGAUUUCAACUUCAAGUUAAUGAGUAUUAUUACGUUCUUUCCAGAAAAUACAAGUAGGAUAUAUUAUAAUUUUGUGUAACUGGGACCUCAUCUUUCACCGUGAACAAAAUUCCUUUUCCAAUGAGGUUCUCUCUGUUAAAGAGUUGGGCUACAGGUCUUCUUGGCCGCAGCUUUUAUUUCACUGAAGCAAAUUCUGACAGUGGUAAUUGCAGUUGUGACUUUGGAUAAAAUAUGAAAAUGGGUAAGAAAAAUAAAUAUACUUUACGCAUUGUCAGUAUUCUUUGAAGGCAUUUCUCUUUUACACAUCAGGGUACAUAAAGGGUAGAUUUUCUUGUAGAAAAUCUUUAUAGGUAGGUCAAUUUUUAUUAGAUUAAAUUUGGACUGAAAACUUUUUCCAAUGUUUGUUAUCAUAGAAAUUGCUGUCUAAUUUUUAUAGCAGAAUUGAAGUGCUAAAAAUAGAAUUCAAAUGCUUGGGAGUAUUCCUCUUAAUUUCUUACCUUUGUUGUGUAUUGGGUAGAAUAAAACCUUUUUGUAAUUAUGCAUGCUGAUAUGCAUAUAAAAAAAUAUCCUGCAAUAUGAGGAACUUAGUGGGAAAACUGGAUACACUUGUCCAAGUAACUAUGCCAAAAAAAAAAAAAAAAGAGGAGAAAAAAAAGUGUAAAAAUUUAUAGUUUUGGGCCUUUGAUAAGAUCUAAAAGUAUUGCCUUACAUGAUGUCUUUUCCAGGAAAUAAAUGUUAAAAAAUAUAUGGAAAAGUUAUGGAAACUUCCAUGCCCAAAACUUUCCUCUUGUAAAGAGAUGUCAAUAGUCUGUUGGCUUUAUAGAGACAGGUAAUCAGACCCACUAAGCUCCAACAACUACACAGAAUCCCAAUAGCUAUUCACUGUAAAAUAGUUUGAGAUGUCUUUACAGAAAUGUAAAUUUACUGUAUAGCGUAUUUAAAAAGAUGUUUUGCACUCUACAAACAUGCUAUGCCUAGUCACAAAAGAUAUUUGUAGAGGCAUAUGUAAAUUGAACACAUAAUUAAAGAAAAUAGGCAUAAAAGGGACCUCAAGAGGUCAUUGAUCUGUGGAGGAGUAGAUUCACUUUAAUGUCACUCUCAAAGAAUUGUUUUAACUCAGUACCUUGCAUGGAAUGCUCUUUGUAUUAUUUAAUCACAGUCACAGCAAAGCCUAAGCACAUCACCUGACAAAACUGUAACCUGACAGUAUUCACACCUUUUAUUAUUUUCCUGUUCUGUUUUGGAAAUUAAAGUUUGUCAAACAUCAUAAGAACUACCAUUUAGAAUUACUUGGAAAACACUUUGGAAUAAGCUUUGAUCAUAUCCCUGUUAUUAUAUUGUUUCUGUUAUUAUUGAUGUAUGUAUUUGUCAAGCUUUUUGAUAAAGUUAUAUUUGAAAGAGGAUACAAGAGAGGAAAAAAAAUCAAUCAGGCUUCAGGAUUUUGUUUAGAAUAUUAAAAUGUGAUUUUGGGGGGAUGUUAAUAUUGGUUUUGAUAAUUUUUAAUUGCCUAUGGAGAAAGUUCUGCUGAGCUAUCAACAGCAUUGGGUACCAGGACAAAUUUGGAAGAUAAAUAUCAUUGUGAAAGACAAGAGCAAAGGAGCUGUACUGAAAGAACAAUCAAAUGACUGGCUGUAUCAGGUCCUUCUAAAGGAAGGUAUUUUGCAAGUAGCUUACAAGCAUGGUGCUGAGAAUAGUACUUUUGUCAACAAACGUAAAAGCACACUAAGAAAUUGAGAAAAUAACAGUUAUCGCACUUUCUCAGGUAGCAAAACAGAAACACAGCAAGUUAGAGACAUUUCUCAAUGAAAGACGUUCCCAUUGUUUUUCUAUACGGCAAAGAUGUAAUCUCUCAGUCUGGUUUUAACUGCAGGAGAGAAAAUAAUGUGUCCCUAUUUUGUGUAAGAAUGUCUGGUUGUUGAUUCAUUCAUGCUUACAUCGUUUAGAAUGCUUUACCAUGAGACCUUUGCAAACUGGGGAUGAUCUUUCCUGUGGCUUUAAAUCUGAAUUAACAUUUUGCUGAGGAAAUGGCAAAAAGGGAGCAUGUCCCCCACAUGAAAUGCCUUUCUUCUCUUUUUAAUUGUUGGGGGGGAAAGUAAUUUAGUCUGAAGACUACCCAAAGGAAAUCGUGGCUCCUCGGUAAAGAAUUCUGAACUUGGCCAGGGAUGAAACAGGAUACUUGUUUCUCAUUAACUAUACAGGGAACAUCAGCAUUUUAUUUAGAGGCAUGCUCAAGUGACCACAAAUGAAAGUACAAGCCAGGUAGAUAGGAAUCCCACAUCCUGUAUUGCCUUGUAACUCGGAAUGAUCUUGUGUCAAGGGUCUCUAUUUUGUAGAUUGACUUGGACAUUCCCUUCAGUCUCCAUUUCAGCUUUCAGUUGUGUGGGAAUUUUUUUCCUAUCAGCUUUUGGGAUCUUAAUUUGUUUCCUUCAUGUGGGUCUGUUGGCACAAAAUGGUAUUGACCCCUGUUGGAUUGCACAAUUUGCAAAGUGAUUUUGUUGUUAAGAAAUAACAAGUUGUGCAAUGCUGGGCAGUGGUGAAGUUCAAACAUGGGUCACAAGCUCCCAGUACUUUGUCACUCCUUCUCCAGUGUUUUGUGUGUGUGUAAACUGCUCUGAUUGAUGUGUGUUAGCUCUUGCAUUAUGUUAAUUUAAAAAGAGAGAAAACAGAGAAGUUUCUGCAGUGAGUUCAAAAUCUGAAUUGGUGGUAUCACUGUGGAAUCCAGAAGGAGGAGGAGCAUUGCACAUAGGCAAAAUGAAGAGCUCUCCAAGGAAAAAUGCUGGUAAUUCCUUAUGGUACACAUGUUUUGUUAAAACAUGGCCAAAGGAUUUUGUCUACAAGGGUCGGUAGUCAACCAGAACUGUUCUUUCUGCAUCAGUUAGCAUCAGUCAUUUACAGUGAAUCUUCUCUAUUGUAGGUGUGACAAAGCUUCCUUUUGGUGUUAGCAGAGAAUUCACUUCCAGAGAAUUGACAUAUCUGACAAUUUGAAGCAGACAAAUGGCAGGGGUUAAUUAGGAUUUGUGUUUGAUAUGGAAAUGCUGCUGUGAUUCCUUAAAGAGGCUGUCACAUCAUCAACAACACACAGCAGUACCUAAAGGCAGGCAUCUCAAAUCAGAUCCCUUGGUUAAUAAAGAUUUAAGGGGAGAAAAAAGCAAGGGAAGAGACAAUAGAGGAUGAUAAAACACAAUCAUUAAAAUAAAAAAACAGAAGCAGGCCAGCAGUGAAAAGGUGUAUGAAUGGGAAAGAUAGUGUGAUAGAACUUGUAUUAACACUUCCAAGAAAUGAAUCAGUAGCCUAUUGUGUGUCCACCCUCUACAUUAUGAACAGAGUUUCCGUUUCUUACAUGGUCCACCAUGUAUGGCCAUGAUGGAGUUCCCUGAAUCUUUAAAAAAUGUUUGAGUUACUGUGUGAAAUGGCAGGUGCUAUAGCUGAGCUUAUGAACAUGGUUUAAUGAAUCAGUGCACACCACCAGAGCCUCACUUGGAGAUGGGCCCCAGAAGUAUAUGAAAUGCUGUAUCCUGCUUGGCUGAAAAAAUCGUGGAGGGAGAGAAGGAAAGGAACCCCAUGGCUGUAAGGAAAGGUGGCAGGCCUAUGGAGAAAACAACACUGUGAAGUUGGAGUGAACUGAUUGACCAUUUUAAUGGUAAGGGAGGCUUUCACUUGCUCGGUAAUAUAAGAGAGGACUUAGAAACCCCAUGACACAUCUGUCAGCAGAAAGGAGAGAUAACAUAUUUCUCUCCCACAGAAGCCCAGUUACGAUAUUUUUAAACCUGGUGCAUAUGGUAGACCUGAACUGCCUCUGCUGCUGCCGAUUCCACAGUGACUGCCAGGAUAUGGGUAUCAUGUAGCAUGCAGGAGCUGGAAAGCUAGUGUUCACCAACCUGUCCAUAGGAACAGAAGGGAGGAAUAUAUUCUUCAAGUCCCUGCUGCAGAGAAAAUUUUGUGGGAGAAUUCAGCACUUGCUUGCAUUAAAGCCUGUCUUGCCUUGACAUCAGUAUCAGCGCCUACUCUGUGUGGAAAGCUGUAAGUGGUGUGGGAAUCUCCCCCACAGACCUCGGUGUCUCGUGCUAAUUAUGCAGCCUUCAAGCUAUAGCUGGUGAUCUGUGUCCUGUGUCUUUAAACAGUGCUGAUGGUGAUGUUAAUUGUAGCCAUUAGUCACUCAGAGUGAAGAUGAUUUAAAGGAAACUGACAACUUUAAGCAUUACACUUAAUGCCUAAGAAUAUUAAAUUGGUGAUUGUUACAAAUAAUGCCUAAGAUUAUGAUAACUUCAAGGGUUUCAGGGUUUGGUUCAGAUUUAGUGUAUAAUCACUCUUCCUUAAAUAUGAUUUUCCCUGAUGUUUAUGUGCAUCUUUGAUGCAUCAAUAGCAGAAUGAAUUAAAUAGUAGAAAAUGUGAUUCUAAAACUACAAAUAUAUUCAGAGGGGCACAUAUAGAAUACCUGACAUUAUUUAAAAAAUUGUUUGCAGUUAACUAGUGUUCAACUUGAGAAUAAUGGCUCUUCUAAAUCAUUUGAUUCUCUAGCUCUUUCACCCUGUGGACUGUUGUGUGAAAUGUGUUCUACAAAACAUUUCCAGCUCUUCAUCCCUUCUCCUACCCUCAACAACAUGCUGUCUGCUGUAUGUACUUUAUUCUAGGAAUAACUGAAGAAAACUAUAAAAAAAACCCCCAACACAUUUAUAAUCUGCAGACUAGAUCUUGAGGACCAGUAUUUUAAAUAUUUCCCUUGUUCAAAUCUCUGGUAACAGCAUGAAAUGGAAAAUGAGAGCAAAGGCCGAUUUCAUCAUAGAGGAAUAUAAAGAGUCUGGUUAGGGAUCUGCACAUGUGUAGAUAGAAAGUCCUCUGAGAUAGCUCUUGUGAUGUAAGAUGUUACCUUUCCUGGACUGUUGUCACUCUUCAGGUAGAUCCUACUGCCCCAAAAUUUAAGCAAUAGCAGAUUAUAGAAGUAUGCCUGUCCCAAUGAAGGCUGUGCACAAAUCAUGCUAACUGUUGAUUCUACACUCAUGCAAGUGCAAAAGCACUCACAUAGUCUAUUAAUACAACUCUGUUAUGAGAAUAAUGAUUAAUAGAUAGUCAUGGCGACAUUUAAAAUUGCUAAAUUGGCAGUCUGUGCCUUAAGGCUCUUGUGAUCUGUCGUACUUGCAUAAAAGUAAUGACUGAAUAAUUUUUUGGGUUGGUUUGUUUGUUUUGCAUGCAACAAUCUACUCUGGAGCCUUAUGGAAAAUACUAUAGCACCAAAUCAAAAUUCAAAACUAAAUAACAGGAAUAGUUUGCAAACAGUGCUUGUAUCCUCAGGAUAAAAUUCGUUUGUUUGGUUCUCAGUUUAGUACUGUUAGGACUCAGGGGGUCUGAGAUUUGUAAAGCCAGGACAAGUUUAUUAAUCAUGUUCUUUCUCUGUAAAGUUUCAAUAACUACUCUCUUUUCACAAAUUGUUGUCAGUUUAAAUUUUAUUCUUGGACCAAGUGAAAUGGUUACUUUUGGUCUGUUGUGUUCCAACCUAAAAUCUGAAGAUAAAGCAACUUUGUGAAACAUGUCACUCUUUAUAUUGUGUAUUUAAAUAUCAUCAGUUCUCUGUGAUCAAUAGGCUGCUUUGGAGAGUACUACUACUUUAAAUCAUCAUUGGUUAUUGAGGAAGAAUGACAUCCUGUUAAAUAAAAUAUGACCAAAUGAAAAUUAAAAUACAUAUAUAUUUUUGUGUUUGUA